CUAAUUAUUAUCAUACUUUAUCUAAAGAUAAUUAUAAAACUAUAUAAUAUAUUUGGUUUUUUGCAAUCAGCGCAUUACAAAAGUGGUCUUUUGACUGUGUGUGCGAAAAAAGUGAAAACGAAAUAAAGGAAUGUUUAAAACCCUCAUACUCCUGACAGCCUUAGCGUCAGCUUUGGCUCGUCCCAGCGAAGAAGGGUCUCCCAACAAUGGACUCCUAGAGUACCACCCUGACUGCCCCCCGGCGGAAGUUCACUUCCUCCUCCCUCACGAGUAUGACUGCACCAAGUUUUACUACUGCGAAUAUGGACUGAAGUACAUCGAGCCUAGGGAUUGUCCCCCGGGUACUGAAUUCAGUGCUGAAAUUCAGGUCUGUGUUCAUCCUGCUAGCGCCGGAUGUACCCUCCCUGGAUACUCCACCACUUCAGAAGCCCCUGCUCCUACAAGUACUGCAGCCCCAACCACUACUGCUGCACCCACAACUACGACUACAACCCCUGAACCUACAACUACGACUACAACUACUACAACAACUACACCAGCCCCAACAACCACGACUACAACUACUACACAAGCCCCAACAACCACUACAACUACAACACAAGCCCCUACUACGACUACUACAACAACACAAGCCCCAACAACAACUACAACUACUACACAAGCUCCAACAACUACUACUACAACUACACAAGCGCCAACAACCACUACAACGACUACACAAGCCCCAACAACCACUACAACUACUACACAAGCUCCUACUACGACUACGACUACUACUGCAGCCCCAACAACAACAACUGCAGCCCCAACAACAACAACGGCUGCGCCUACAACGGCUGCACCUUCAACAACUGCAGUGCCAUCCACUGUAGCCCCUACAGAUGCGCCGUCCACUGCUGCUCCAUCCAGCACAGCCCAGCCUGACUGUGAUUUCCUAGACAACGGAUGCCCAGCUGACUUCGAUGUCCACCAUCUUCUUCCCCAUGAGGAGUAUUGUAACAAGUUCUACUACUGUGUUUUCGGUGAGAAGGUGGAGAGAGACUGUGCUCCUGGCACCUGGUUUAACUUCGAAAUUCAGAACUGCGACUGGCCUCAUAACGUAGACUGCGACAAAGGAGUCAGUGAAGUGACUCCUACUCCUCAACCACCAAUCACCGAGGGUCCAGGAAAUGACAACGACUCCGGAGACAUCCUGGACAAUGGCUGCCCAGCUGACUUCGACGUCCACCACCUUCUUCCCCACGAAACUGAUUGUGAUAAAUUCUAUUACUGCGUUUUCGGGGAGAAAGUCGAAAGGAUCUGUGCUCCCGGCACAUAUUUCAACUACGAAAUACAGGCAUGCGACUGGCCCUACAACGUAAACUGCUCAUCAUCAGGAAACGGAAAUGACUCCAACAGCAUCGAAGACGAUGUCGUUGGAGAUGACAAUAAUGACGGUAACGGCUGCGAUGGCUCUUGCCCAGACAACGGUGGUAAUGACGGUAACGACGGUAAUGGAGAUGGCAAUGGCGGUAACGGAGGCUGCGACGGCUCUUGCCCAGACAACGGCGGUAAUGACGGUAAUGGAGAUGGCAAUGAUUGCGAAGACGGUGGAUUCGUGCCACUUCCUAAUGGAUGCCCAGCUGACUUCGAUAUCCACCAUCUGCUUCCACAUGAAUAUGAUUGCAAUCGCUUCUACUACUGUGUGCAUGGAGAGAUUGUACCGGCCCAGUGUCCCCCUGGAACUCACUUCAGUGUUAAAGAACAGAUUUGUGACUGGCCUCACCUAGCUGGAUGUGAAGAGUCGGGAAGCUGCAAUGGCACUUGCCCUGAUGACGGCGGUAAUGACGGAGGCAACGACGGUGGCAACGGAGGCUGUGACGGUUCUUGCCCCGAUGACGGCGGUAAUGACGGAGACAAUGAUGGUGGAAACGACGGUGGUAAUGACGGUGGCAAUGGAGGCUGUGACGGUUCUUGCCCCGAUGACGGUGGUAAUGAUGGUGGCAACGACGGUGGAAAUGACGGUGGCAAUGACGGUGGUGAUGGAGAUUGCGACGGAGACAACGAUGGUGGCAACGAUGGUGGCAAUGACGGUGGCAACGAUGGCGGUAAUGACGGUGGUAACGGAGGCUGCGAUGGCUCUUGCCCCGAUGAUGGUGGUAAUGACGGAGACAACGACGGUGGAAAUGACGGUGGCAAUGACGGUGGCAACGACGGUGACAACGAUGGUGGUAAUGACGGUGGCAACGACGGUGGAAAUGACGGUGACAACGGAGGUUGCGACGGCUCAUGCCCAUCCCCAGUUACCCCCGAAGACAUUUGCUCUAACGAGUGCAACGUCGCCCCCUGGGCUCAUGACGACUGUGACAAGUACUGGAUCUGUAGAGACAGUACUCCUAUCCUCAUUACCUGCUCCGAAGGUCUUCAUUUCAACCCUAGCACCUAUACUUGUGACUUCCAGUGCAAUGCUGGAUGCAUUAGGGAGAAUGUCCAGACAACUGCUGAUGCUAGUGGCGUGAAAGUUUUCCUGCCCUGGGAUAAGGUUGAUAGCGAGAUGAAGAAAUUGUUGAAGAUUUAAUUCUAAAACGGUUUUUAAAAAAAUCUUUGAUAUAGGAUGUUCCGUUUGCCAAUGUAGAGAGAUUUGUAAAUAUAUUUAUUUAUAUUUCAAAAUAAAUGACAAAUUCAAUCAAUUGUACAAAAAAAAAACUUGUUUAAAAUUUUUUACUGCUAAAUAAAUGAAUGCAAUUUUAUUUAAUUCUUUUGAUUUUGUAAUUGUAUUUUUUUAUUUUUUUAUAUAUUUAUUGAUAGAAGUAUGCUGAGAGUAUUUGUCUGUGGUCCAAGAUAAAAAAAUAUGUCAUUUUUAUGAAUAAAAUAAUAUUUUUUUAUAAAAUAUUUAUGAAUGACUCUCUGUAUCAUUUUAAAAUAAAUGCUAUAUGAGGAGAAUUAAAAGUUUUUUUUUUAUAAAUUAUGAUUAUUUUAUUGAUAAAUCAAAGAAUGUAAAUAAAACAAUACAUGUAAACUUUACUCAGAAAUAUUAUUUAUUUGUAAAAUAUUGUAAAUAAAUAUAAAAAUUCACAAUUUUCAAUCGUUUCUUAGCAUUAUGUCUUAUAUUAAGUUUAUCUUAGUUUAAAAUUACAUAAGGCACAUUAAAAUAUAUUAUUAUUAUUGCUAAUAAA